GUUGCAGUUGUGUUAUGUUAUGGUUCUGCUAUCGUCCAAUAUUACUACUGGGAAGAGUUAUUGUCACUACUUGGAGUAUGCGUGGAUAAACGGGACUUCUGAUUCCCUACCGGAGGACUUCUAAAGAGACCUGGGAGUUUGAGGGUUCUGCAGGGUAUCUUAGCUGUUCCUCGGACUGGGCUCUUCUGGACUGAGGCUUGGUGGUUGAUCCUGGAAUCUGUUGGAGCCACUCUCCCAGUUUGAGGGUCACAUCCCCCAGUGCUCCCAGUACCACAGGGAUCACAUCAGUUUCCAUCUAUCCCAUCUGUUCCUUCCACCCUUGGUGCUGGCAGUUAAUAAUCAAGAAGAGGAAAUGGAAAAGAUUACUGCACUCGACUGAAAGGAAAAGAAAGGCAUCCUCUAGAAUACAGGCAAAAGGGUGAGACAAGGAGAAGGCAUCCAAAGCUACCAGACAUUUUAAAAAGAACAGGAAAUGGCUUUCUUGGACAACCCAGCCAUUAUUCUGGCUCACAUCAGACAGUCCCAUGUGACCAGUGAUGAUACGGGAAUGUGUGAGAUGGUACUAAUAGACCAGGAUGUGGAUCUGGAGAAGUGCCAGCUGGCUCUGCUGCCUGGCAGCAGCUGUGGGUCAUCAGGGUCGGGCACCUUCAGCGAGGGAGGAAGCAGUGUAACAGACAAUCAUGCCUGUGACCUCUCCCAGUCCAUGGACAUCACCUCCAGCUGGGACUUUGGCAUCCGUCGGCGAUCCAACACAGCCCAAAGACUUGAAAGGUUAAGGAAGGAACGGCAGAACCAAAUCAAAUGUAAAAACAUUCAAUGGAAAGAGCGUUCAUCCUCCCAGUCAGUGGAGGAUCUGGGGUCUCUGUUUGAAAAACGGGACUUUAAAGACCGGCCGAGGACAACUGGUACCAAAUCUACCCUUUCACUGCGACUGGAGCAGUGUCCCCAGCAGCUCAACAAUCCCUUCAAUGAAUACUCCAAGUUUGAUGGCAAGGGCCACAUCGGCACAACAGCUACAAAGAAGAUCGACGUCUACCUCUCAAUGCAGAUGGCUCAGGAGAAACUCCAUCCAAUGACAGUGGUGACCAUCGCCAACGCCCGCGUCCAUGAUCUCAUCGGCCUCAUCUGUUGGCAGUACACAAGCGAGGGACGAGAACCCAAACUCAAUGAGAAUGUAAAUGCUUACUGCCUCCACAUUGCUGAGGAUGAUGGCGAGGUGGACACAGACUUCCCUCCACUGGACUCUAACGAGCCGAUCCACAAGUUUGGUUUCAGCACUCUGGCCUUGGUGGAGAAAUACUCCUCACCUGGCCUCGCUUCCAGACAGUCGCUGUUUGUCAGAAUAAAUGCUGCUCAUGGUUUCUCUUUGAUCCCUGUGGACAGUCUGAAAGUAACCAUGAAGGAAAUUCUCCAGAAAGCUCUCAAGAAGAGGAAAGGCUCACAGAAAGGCUCUGGGCCAAUGUAUCGUCUAGAGAAGCAGACGGAGCCAAAUGUCUCCGUAGACCUGGACUCCACACUGGAGAGCCAGAGCACCCUGGAGUUCUGCCUAGUCAGAGAAAAUAGCUCCAGAGGUGAAGAGAGCUCAGAGGAAGACCCUCCUAUUGACAUCACCACAGUCCAGGACAUGUUAAGCAGUCAUCAUUAUAAAUCCUUCAAGAUCAGCAUGAUCCACAAGCUGCGUUUCACCACAGAUGUCCAGCUAGGCAUUUCAGGAGAGAAAGUGGAGAUUGAUCCUGUCACCAAUCAGAAGGCCAGUACUAAGUUCUGGAUUCGACAGAAACCCAUCUCUAUCGACUCGGACCACCUCUGUGCCUGUGACCUUGUAGAGGAAAGAAGCCCCAGUCAUGCAAUAUUUAAGGUCACUUAUCUCAGCAAUCAUGACUACAAGCCGCUCUACUUUGAGUCUGAUGCUGCUACUGUCAAUGAAAUCGUGCUAAAGGUGAACUAUAUCCUGGAGUCCCGGGCCAGCACUUCUCGAGCUGAUUACUUUGCCCAAAAGCAGCGAAAACUGAGCCGGCGGACUAGCUUCAGUUUCCAGAAAGAGAAGAAGGCCGGCCAGUAGACAGAGUCUGGAGCUGCUCACUCACCUGUCUGUCUGUCUGCCUGUCUGUCUGUAUGUGCACAGACAGACAAAGCCUGACAGUCUUAUAGACACACAGUAUUGGGCUAAACACAAGUGGAGACUGGCAGCAAAGUCCAGUCAGAGGAGACGGGCACAAAACGGACCAGAAAGAAAAAGACUGAAGAAUUAUGGGAAAAGAGUUUUGGCUGCCACGUCUCCAUCCGUACUUCAUUCAUUCAUGCUUCAACAUAACAAACAAAACCGAGAUACAUGAUAAAUCUUUGGUUCUGUCCUUUUUAACAGAUUUAAUAUAACAUGGAGAAAAAAAAAGUUUUUUUAUGUAUUGUACAUUAACGUUUUUUCAUUCAGGAAAUGAAAAAAAGGACGAUAUAGAAAUGAAAUAGCCCAGUCUUGAUUUUUAAAAACAGAUCAAUUUCUGGCUCAGAUCCAGAAAGCAAAUCCUUAAAGGAACACUCCACCGUUUUUUCAUAUUAAAACAUGUUAUUCGGUCAAGUAAGACGAGUUGAUGCAGACCUCUUGCGUCUCAAUGCGUGCACUCAAUCGCCCUGGCGCGCGGCGCCACUUGGCUAGCACUUAGCUUAGCCCAGUUCAUUCAUUAGGAUCCAAACAGAUGGACAGUUAGAAGCGACCAAACUCCUCCACGUUUUCCCUAUUUAAAUACAGCUACACGAGUAGUUAAACGACCAAGUAUGGCGACACAAAAUAAAACGUGGCGCUUUUCUAAGCGGAUAAAAAGGAGAACUAUAAUGUAUGGUGGAAUAGCACUUGGGAACACUUCG